AACCUAGUCCUAUCUUGUGGUUAAAAAUAAUUACAUUUAGUUUUAGUAGUAUUUUUAGCAUACAUCGUAGACAGUUCUUUUGCAUGAAAAACCUGGAAAAACUUAACUUGAAAUAUAAUCGAAUCUCCACCAUCGACAACUUUGCCUUUCUGGGAUUGCAGAAGUUAAAGGUUUUAAAUCUAGGUCAUAACCAGUUAUCUGAAAUCAAAUCAUUUAAUUUAUUUGAUCUGCACUGCUUAGAGUACCUCAAUUUGGAGGCAAAUCCAUUGGUGCACAUUGAGGCAUUAUCUUUUGCUCACCUUGGUUCAAUACAGAAUGUGUUUCUGGGAGACCUGAACUUCCCUCCAGAAUCAAAGAUUGAGCUGAAUCUGACAUUUGUAUUUGGCAGCAUACCUCGGGGACUGACAUACCUUUACAUCAGCUCUGGCAGAAGGCCCAUGACUCUUAUUAUUGGGGGCGAUGGUGCCCCAAACCCAGGCUUGGGCCUGCAUACUGGUCUUGCGAUCAUGUUUCACAAUUUGACCAGACUGGAGACUCUGAUGCUCCUUGGCUGCAGGAUCGACUACCUUGAAAAGGACCUGAGCAAAGACUUACAGUCAUUGAGAGAAUUACGUUUGGUUAUUAACAAUGAGCUUACAAUCAUGGAAGAAUUCCCUGAGCCCCUGAAAAGCCUAAAGUAUCUGCUUAUACAAGAUCUACUUUUACAAUGCAGUUGCAACAAUGCUUGGUUUGAUAACUGGGCGAAACGGAAUCGACAAGUUCAGGUUAUGUUGGAUUCUACAUUGGGAAUGAAGGAAAUAAAUUGCAUAGAUGAGCAUGGCACUCAGAACUUCCUAAAAUACUCCCAAAUCCAUUGUUCAAUGGACGUAGGAUUCAUUUUGUUUGUUUCCAACACCCUGGGUCUCCUGCUCUUCAUGCUGGUGGUGCUGCUACAUCACCUGGCUGGCCAGUAUCUACUGGCUCUAUUUUACAUCACUCGCGGCUGGUUGGAAGAGGCCGUGUUUCGGAACAACAAGAGACGCUACAGGUACGACGCCUUUGUCUCUUACAGUGGGAAAGAUGAGCGAUGGGUGGUGGAGGAGCUUCUGUCCAACAUGGAACAACGAGGUCCCCCUUUCCUGCGCCUGUGUCUGCACAGUAGAGACUUCCAGCUGGGGAAGGACAUUGUGGACAACAUCACAGAUUGUCUCUACAGCAGCCGCCGGACUGUAUGCUUGGUCAGCCGCCACUACCUCCGCAGCAACUGGUGCUCUUUGGAGAUGAAGCUAGCCACUGACCGGCUGCGGGUGGAGCAAAGGGAUAUCCUCAUCCUGGUCUUCUUGGAAGACAUCUCUCCUCACCAGCUGUCCGCCCACCACAGGCUGGCCAGACUGGUGAAGACCAGGACCUACCUGGACUGGCCAAAAGAGCCAGAACAAUACCAAGAUUUUUGGGACCGACUUUGGGCUACGCUGGCGCCAAAACAUGGCCAGUGACAUGAAUACAUUUAAAAACUAAAGUCCAAGUUUUAUGAAUGGAUUGUAACUUAGCUAGGGAAAUGUAUAAUGUAUCUCCUGUACAAAAAGCCCAAAAGAGCUAAACAUGUGUCAAACUCUUUUCAAAUCUGUGCUCGAAUCAUUAUUCUGUAUGUCGUUAUCCUAUGUUAAUGUCUGCUUCAAAUUACUCUAACUAAAUACUUUGAGAUGA